GUCCUUUCCAAAGUCCACUUCGGCCCUUGUGGCCAGUCCCCUCCUUUAACUUGGUCGCCAGUGUCAUUCUCUCAUUCACCCACAAUCAUUUGUAUAUCGAACAUGCAACUCACUCAUUCUCUGUGGCCACUAGCCUGGCUCGUAAGUUACGGCAUUGAUGCUGUCUAUGCCACCGACAUCGACGUCUGUACCCAAGUCACCCGCAAUGCAGUGGCCAACGGCGAUUUCACGGACGAGUCGGCCUGGACCUCGACCUCCAGCUCGGACGAAUACUCGAUCGUGACCAGUGGAGGUGUUCACAAUGGAGGAUAUCUGUAAGUUACUGUAGUAUCGUCUUCUGGCAUGUCCACAUGGCUUAAUGUGCAAUGCCUAGUGAGAUACCCUAUAGCACCGCGCAAAAUGGAUUCGUGCUGGAGCAACCCAUCUCGCUGCGAGAGGGUCCGUAUUACCAAUUCAACAUGUACGCCAACCUAUUCGGAGAGCCAGACUCGAACGGGGACUAUCCCUAUUGCGAGAUGGAUGUCUACGCCGUCACUGAAGAGUCCUCCCGGUUUGUGACCUAUGGCUACGUUUGGUCUUCGGAUGGAAGUGCCACCGGUUGGGAUUUGAUCAUGGGACAAUGGCAGUCGACGACUACCGAGGCGACUCUCCGGUUGAGCAUUACCUGCUCGCAGGCUUCGACGAGCACACUUCAGAUCUCCAGCGUCUCGUUCUUGGGACCGGAAGUGGUUUGUACCUCCCAGUGUGCAGCUGCCACGACCACCUUGACCGGGGAAUUGGUCCAAGACGGCGAUUUCUCCGACGACAAGAGUACCGUAUGGCGAGACAUGUCACGGAGUACCAAUCUCGACUUGGUGGACGAUGAUGCUCCAGGAGGUGGUCAAUGUUUGUCUCAGGCUCGAACUAUAACUUCUACCAACUCAACCAGACGAUUGCCGAUGCACAAGUUGGGCAAACGUACGUGGCAUCGGCUUCUUGGAGGCUUAAGGCAGAUGACUUUGACUCCGAUGUGGCCGUCUCUUGCAGUAUCGACUACCGGUUGUCUGAUGAUGCCUCGGGACUCCUGUUGGAUAUCAUUCAUGACGAAGUCACGCUUUCAUCCACUGAUAGUGGUUGGAUGACGGUGAAUGGAAGCUGGGAUGCCACGGUUUCAGACCUUCAGAUCCUUGUCAGCAUCCAAUGCACUACCGACGAUUAUACCUAUCUACCUGACAUGGAAAUUGCCAAUGUCCACUUGAAUAUUCAAACCGUGAGUUGCCCAGUACCUACCACUUCAUCAGCAGUGGUGGCGAGCUCGACUCCGGUGCGUUCAUUGUCUGCCAUCUCUUCCUCCGCGGCGAUAUCCUCGUCGGCAAUUGUUAG